UGGGCAACAGCGUGGCUGCAGGCGGUUGAACUGGAGCUCCCCGUGGCUUUCUGAGGCGUAAGUGUGUGGAGGGUUCCCUCACCCGCAGCCUGCAUCAUGCCAGCUCUGUCCACAGGAUCUGCUAGUGACACAGGUCUCUAUGAGCUGUUGGCUGCUCUGCCAGCCCAGCUGCAGCCACAUGUGGAUAGCCAGGAAGACCUGACCUUCCUCUGGGAUAUGUUUGGUGAAAAAAGCCUGCAUUCACUGGUAAAGAUUCAUGAAAAACUCCACUACUAUGAGAAGCAGAGCCCGGUGCCCAUUCUCCAUGGUGCGGCGGCCUUGGCCAAUGACCUGGCUGAAGAGCUUCAGAACAAGCCAUUAAACAGUGAGAUCAGAGAGCUGUUGAAACUACUGUCAAAACCCAAUGUUAAGGCUUUACUCUCUGUACAUGAUACUGUGGCUCAGAAGAAUUACGAUCCUGUACUGCCCCCUAUGCCUGAUGAUAUUGACGAUGAGGAAGACUCUGUAAAAAUAAUUCGUCUAGUGAAGAAUAGAGAACCACUGGGAGCUACCAUUAAGAAGGAUGAGCAGACCGGGGCGAUUGUUGUGGCUAGAAUCAUGAGAGGAGGAGCUGCAGAUAGGAGUGGUCUUAUUCAUGUUGGUGAUGAACUUAGGGAAGUGAAUGGAAUACCAGUGGAGGAUAAACGGCCUGAGGAGAUAAUACAGAUUCUGGGUCAGUCUCAGGGAGCAAUUACAUUUAAGAUUAUACCCAGCAUCAAAGAAGAGACACCCUCCAAAGAAGGCAAGAUGUUUAUCAAAGCCCUUUUUGACUACGAUCCUAAUGAGGAUAAGGCAAUUCCAUGUAAGGAAGCUGGGCUUUCUUUCAAAAAGGGAGAUAUUCUUCAGAUUAUGAGCCAAGAUGAUGCAACGUGGUGGCAAGCAAGGCAUGAAGGUGAUGCCAACCCCAGAGCUGGCUUGAUUCCCUCAAAGCAUUUCCAGGAAAGGAGAUUGGCUCUGAGACGACCAGAAAUACUAGUUCAGCCCCUGAAAGUUUCCAACAGGAAAUCAUCUGGUUUUAGAAGAAGUUUUCGUCUUAGCAGAAAAGAUAAGAAAACAAAUAAAUCCAUGUAUGAAUGCAAGAAGAGCGAUCAGUAUGAUACAGCAGACGUACCCACAUAUGAAGAAGUGACACCAUAUCGGCGACAAACUAAUGAGAAAUACAGACUUGUUGUCUUGGUUGGUCCCGUAGGAGUGGGUCUGAAUGAACUGAAACGGAAGCUGCUGAUCAGUGAUACACAGCAUUAUGGUGUAACAGUGCCCCAUACCACCAGAGCAAGAAGAAGCCAGGAGAGUGAUGGUGUUGAAUAUAUUUUCAUUUCCAAACAUUUGUUUGAGACAGAUGUACAAAAUAACAAGUUUAUUGAAUAUGGUGAAUAUAAGAACAACUACUAUGGCACAAGUAUAGACUCAGUUCGAUCUGUCCUAGCUAAAAACAAAGUUUGUUUGUUGGAUGUUCAGCCUCAUACAGUGAAACAUUUAAGGACCCUAGAAUUUAAGCCCUAUGUGAUAUUUAUAAAACCACCAUCAAUAGAGCGUUUGAGAGAGACAAGGAAAAAUGCAAAGAUUAUUUCAAGCAGAGAUGACCAGGGUGCUGCAAAGCCCUUUACGGAAGAAGACUUUCAAGAAAUGAUUAAAUCUGCACAGAUAAUGGAAAGUCAGUAUGGUCAUCUUUUUGACAAAAUUAUAAUAAAUGAUGAUCUCACUGUGGCAUUUAAUGAGCUCAAAACAACUUUUGACAAAUUAGAGACAGAUACCCAUUGGGUACCAGUGAGCUGGUUACAUUCAUAAUUACAGGAAAUUUCCACA